AUGGCGGACGGGAGCGGGCGGCGGCGGGUGGCGGCGUGGGCCGCGGGCCUGGGGCUGUGCGCGGCGGUGCUGGCGCUGGUGGCCGCCGUGCUGCUCCGCGCCUACGUCCUGCGAGCCCCGGCGAUCCCGCGGCUGUGGGCGCGGCGCGGCGGCACCGCCGCCUUCAGUGCCGGCGAGAGGCUGGAGCUCAAGGAGGCGCUGCGAGGUGCUAUUAAAAUCCCAACUGUUUCCGUGUCUCCAGAGGACUUGAAUACAACCGCCAUGGCAGAAUUUGGGAAUUACAUUCAGGAAGUCUUCCCGGCUGUAUUUUCUUCAAAGUUCAUUCAACAUGAAAUUGUUGGGAAAUACAGCCAUCUCUUUACUGUUCAGGGCUCUAACCCUGAAAUGAUGCCCUAUAUGCUGCUUGCACACAUGGAUGUUGUGCCUGCUCCCCCAGAGGGCUGGGAUUUCCCUCCUUUCUCAGCUGCAGAGCAUGAAGGUUUCAUCUAUGGACGAGGAACGCUGGAUAACAAAAAUUCUGCCAUAGGUAUUCUGCAAGCUCUAGAAUUUUUGCUGAGAAGAAAUUACAGACCCCGCAGAUCUUUCUAUGUUGGUAUUGGACAUGACGAAGAGGUGUUUGGUCGGAAGGGAGCAAUGAAGAUUGCAGCUCUGUUGGAAGCUAGAGGAGUGAAACUCUCCUUCUUACUAGAUGAAGGAAGCGCAAUACUAGAUGGCAUCAUUGGGGGAGUGAAGAAGCCAGUAGCUGUAAUUGCUAUCACAGAAAAGGGUUCGAUAACACUGAACUUCACUGUGGAAAAAGAGCCAGGACAUUCAUCCUUUCCUCCUAAGGAGACAAGUAUUGGCAUUCUUGCAGCAGCGAUGUCCAGACUGGAGCAGAAUCCCUUGCGCAAUCUGUUUGGCCAUGGGCCAGAGCUCAUGACUGUGGAGCACCUUGCAUCAGAGUUCGGGUUUCCUCUCAAUCUCAUCAUGAGCAAUCUAUGGCUGUUUUCACCUAUUGUCAGCAGAGUUCUUGCCUGGAAACCUUCCACCAAUGCCUUGAUUCGAACUACUACAGCAGUCACGAUGUUUAACGCAGGAAUCAAGAUAAAUGUCAUCCCAUCUUCUGCAAAAGCAACCGUGAACUUCCGGAUCCACUCUGCAGAGAAGGCCACUGAGGUGCUAGAGAUAGUUAGAAACAUGGUUGCUGAUGAUAGAGUGAAGAUUGAUGUAGUAGAGGCCUUUGACCCGCUCCCCAUCAGUCCUUGGGAUGACCAGACAUUUGGAGUCCAUAUUGUUCAAAGAACCAUUCUGGAUACUUUCCCGGAUGUUGACAGUGUAGUCCCAGGCACAUGUGUUGGAAACACAGACAGCAGGCAUUUCACUAACGUCACAAAUGCCAUUUAUCGAUUUAACCCACUGCUCUUGAAAUCAGAUGAUCUUCCCAGGAUCCAUGGGUUGAAUGAGAGAAUCUCAAUUGAGAAUUACGAGAAACAGGUCGAGUUUCUCUUUCAGCUGAUUAAGAACUGUGAUACUGACAAGCUUCCGGAGCCUCACGCGAACUCCCACGAGCUGUGAGAAACACACCUGAGAAGAGCAGCUACUAAGGUGGACUCUGGGAUGGCAGGGGUCUGGGCCAUGAGAUGCAGUUGUGUGUUGCGUAUUAAGCUAUGUCUGGAAUUUGAGUUUUGUAUAUCGUGGUUUACAUGCAGACGGAAAAACUGCUGGUUGCUGCUUUAGGCAAAUGUAUGGUUUGCCAGAAAUUGAUAAGAACCUGAACAAAACACAACAAAUAACCCUGAUUUCUGUUCCUCCCUGGUCUGACAUGCAGCCAUUCAUCUGAUGGUAUUAAUUUUUUCAGCGCUUUCUUUAAGCCUCUGAAAUUGGUAGUCACUUAAAAAUCUAAGCUAUAAUCAGCAGUCACUCACCUGUCAGUAAAAGAGGUGAAUCUUCCUAUGUGUGCUUUUGAAAAACUCAUUUUAUACAGUUAAUUGAUUUUUUACGAAUGAUGUGUCUCAAAAGCUCACGUGAAAUGUUUGUGACAUGGUGUAGGUUUCAUGUAAUUGGUAGAGUUACGCUAAGAGUUUGUUGCACUGCUGCUUGGUAUGGGCUUGGGAAGAUCCCCAGGUGAUGCUCUCAACCAGCAUCAAUGGUGCUCUCAACCAGUGUCAGUGUUAACUUGCUACUGCUAAGUUCUCCCAUGCACGCACUGAUUUCUGACUCUAUUUUACAAUACUGAGCUCCAGAAGUUCUAGCUAUGUUGCUUUAGCUGAUGUUGCCCUGAUCUCAGAGGUGCUGAAAACUUUUCUUCCUGUCUUUUCAGUGACUUUUUUUUUUCCUCUCUCACUCUUUGGUAUGGCCCAGGGUAUGUUGUGCAGCUGGGUGUCAGAAUAAGGAAUUGCAGCUUUAAAUAAGAAACUAAAUCAGUGUUGCCUGCUCAUAUAUAUUCUCUUUUCACUGAAUCAGUUUCUGUAGUGUGUGUUUCUCUUUGAUCCUCUGAGGACUUGAUUGUGAAAGAUGGUGAAGCCCUUCAGUUUCUUCCAGUUCAGUGGGAGCAGAAAGUCUUUGUUCCUUCUCUGCCUAUGCAAGCACUUUUCACUUCACUGCAGCACUUCUGUUGACUCAGCUCUUUGGGAAUCCUAAUGUAGACAGGCCAUUGAUGUUGACUCUAUUUCAUCUUGCACUUCUUGCACUAGCAUGCCUAUCUUUGUUAACACUAAAGGGUUAAGCAUUCUUUUGGCCUUGAUAGUCUCUUUAGUUGGGGUUACCAUUAUGCAUUAAAUAAAGAAAGAAUUAAGAACCAGAUGUUAGCCAAAGUAAAGACUGGGUGAAAGCCGCUUUGUUAUACUGACAUGCGGGCUCUGUGCUGCAGGUACUAGUGCAACUCCUCCUGUUGCACUGUUGCAGAGAUGUGUGUCUCUUUUUCAGAGUUUUAAUUAUACGCUGGAAUGAGUGGUCGUUCUGCUCUAAAUUAAUACUGUAAAAUGUACUGAAACGUACAGGAAAUACCCUGAAACGUAUCCUGAAACACAGCAAUGGAACUGUGAUUCCUGUUCUUUCCGUUCGCCAUUCUCUUAUUUAUUUGCAGUCUGAUCUUAUCAGUAUGGCCAAUGGGCUAAAACUGUAUCAAUCUACUAAAUAAUUGAAACCAGAUCAGCAUUUUCAUCUAAUAAAACAAGGAAUGCAGAUUAUUUUCUGAUUAUUAUUUAGCCUUUUUAUGUAACUGUGUAAUUGCAGUGAAGUCAUUUCCACACCUGAUUCUACACUACAGCAAGUCAUAAAGUUUCCAUCAAAACAAAUCCACAUAUUUUCCAGCCUGCUUUAAUCUUUGCACGCUCCCUGGUGCUCCCCUUUCUAUACAACAUUAGCUAGCUCUGUUUAUGCAUUAUUGGGUAGUAAAUAGCUUGCAUCUUUUACGGUUUAUUGCAUUUUCUCUGUGUGCCCUAACAUUAAUUUGUUUAGCCACAUGUCUAUGGCUCUUUUGUGAAGGUGUCAUUCCUCUUGCAAACUCCUGUCGCAGACACAGCAAAAGUGAUGUGUCAGGGUACAGCACAGAAUAAAAUACAUCCCCGGGAGUGGGAGG